AUGUAUGGUAGUCGUGACACGAGUGAAUUCGUGGAUGGGGUAUUUGAAUUUUGUGAUGCUGCAUUAAGUCAUCAUGCUGCAACGGGAACUGAAGGGUUUUAUUGUCCUUGUGUUGAUUGUGGCAAUGUAGGGAUGGUUAGUAACAUUGGGUCGCUGAGGGAGCAUAUUUUUCGUCGUGGGUUUAGGCAAGACUACCAUGUAUGGGUUUGGCACGGUGAGGAGGGUAUAUAUGAUGGUGGGAAUGCCGUUGUUAACGAUGUGCAUGAAAGAGGUGAAUUUGAUGUCAUUGAGAAUGACAAGAACCUCGAGGACGAAUAUGAGAUUAUUGAGGAUGAUGAUGAUGAUGAUGGGGACCAUAUCAAGGAGAUGAUGGAGGGGGUGGAUGAUGAUGCUGGGAAACGGCCUCGUAUCUUUGAGUGCAUGGCCGAGGCAUCUCGAAAAUCGUUGUAUCCCGGUUGUACGAGGUACACCAAGCUGAUGGUCGUGAUAACACUCUUUAACAUCAAGACGAAAGCCGAUAUAAGUGACUCAGCUUUCACUUCCUUAUUGCAAGCAUUUGGUGAUAUGUUGUCGGACGACCAUGAACUACCCAAGUCGAACUACUAUGCGAAGAAACUGAUGUGUGCAUGGGUUGGUGAUAAGAAAGGGCCUCCAGCAAAGGUGAUGUGGUAUCUUCUGAUUAUACCACGAUUCAAGCGCAUGUUUUCAAUCAAGAAAGAUGCUAAGAGCUUAAGGUGGCAUGGAGAAAGAAGGAAAAAUGACGGUUUUCUCAAACAUCCGGUUAAUGCUCCUGAGUGGAAAGGUAUCAAUCGUCUGCAUAAGACCUUUGGUGCCGAGGAUAUAAAUUUGAGGCUUGGCCUAUGUACAGAUGGGAUGAACCCAUUUGACAAUCUUAGUUCUCAACAUAGGCCAAAACAGCCUGGAAACGACAUAGAUGUCUACCUCCAACCACUUGUUGAUGAUUUGAGAAAAAUGUGGGAUGAAGGAGUUUAUGUGUAUGAUGCACAUGCUGAUGAGGUUUUCACAUUGCGUGUCAUGCUUUUAUACACUCUUAAUGACUUUCCUGCUUAUGGGAACUUAUCCGAGUAUAAGAACAAAGGGAAGAAAGCAUGCCCGAAUUGCAUCGACGACACAGAAUCUAAAUACAUUUCUACUUGUCACAAAGAAGUUUAUAUGCGGACCCGAAGAACAGUUGAGGAAUGGGUUGCUCGUAGGCCAUUGAUUGGUGUUGAGGUUUUUGAUCAGGUCAAGAGUAUUGAACGAUAUUCGGCAAAGGAGCGAGUGAUGGUUGUAAGGGACUUUGGAAAAAGGAGUCUAUUAUGUGGAAACUUCCAUAUUGGAAGGAUCUAG